AUGGCCUCUUCACUCAGACUAGGGAGCGCUGCUCUCCGAUCCACCUCUCUGGCUUCCAAGCCAGCUGUCAAGGCUGCCAGUUACAAUGCUCUCCGACAGUACUCCUCGACCAAGGCUCCAACUCUUAAGGAGACCUUCGCCGCCCAGAUACCAGCGAAGAUUGAGCAGGUCAAGAAGCUCCGAAAGGAGCAUGGAAACAAGGUCCUCGGUGAGGUGACCCUCGACCAGGUCUAUGGUGGUGCCCGUGGCAUCAAGUCCCUCGUCUGGGAGGGAUCUAUUCUUGACUCUGAGGAGGGUAUCCGCUUCCGUGGAAAGACCAUUCCUGAGUGCCAGAAACUCCUCCCCAAGGCCCCAGGUGGUCAGGAGCCAUUGCCAGAAGGUCUCUUCUGGCUCUUGCUUACCGGUGAGGUCCCAACCGAGCAACAAGUUCGCGACCUCUCCGCCGAGUGGGCCGCCCGUUCCGAUGUCCCCAAGUUCAUUGAGGAGCUCAUCGACCGCUGCCCAUCUGACCUCCACCCAAUGGCCCAGUUCUCCCUUGCUGUCACUGCCCUUGAGCACGAGUCUGCUUUCGCCAAGGCCUAUGCUAAGGGUAUGAACAAGAAGGACUACUGGCAGUACACCUUCGAGGACUCCAUGGACUUGAUCGCCAAGCUGCCCACCAUUGCUGCCCGUAUCUACCGCAACGUCUUCAAGGAUGGAAAGGUCGCUCCCAUCCAGAAGGAUAAGGAUUACGGUUUCAACUUGGCCAACCAGCUCGGCUACGGUGACAAUGCCGACUUCGUUGAGUUGAUGCGCCUUUACCUUACCAUCCACUCCGACCACGAGGGUGGCAACGUCAGUGCACACACCACUCACUUGGUUGGCUCUGCCUUGAGCUCUCCCAUGCUCUCCCUUGCUGCCGGUCUCAACGGUCUCGCCGGCCCUCUCCACGGAUUGGCCAACCAGGAAGUCUUGAACUGGCUUCAAAAGAUGCAGAAGGCCAUUGGCAACGACUUGAGCGACGAGGCCAUCAAGGACUACCUCUGGUCCACCCUCAACGCCGGUCAGGUCGUCCCCGGAUACGGCCACGCCGUCCUCCGCAAGACCGACCCCCGCUACGUGUCUCAGCGUGAAUUCGCUCUCCGCCACCUCCCUGAGGACCCUCUCUUCAAGCUCGUCAGCCAGGUCUACAAGAUCGCCCCAGGUGUCCUGACCGAGCACGGAAAGACCAAGAACCCCUACCCCAACGUUGAUGCUCACUCUGGUGUUCUCCUCCAGUACUACGGUCUGACCGAGGCCAGCUACUACACUGUCCUCUUCGGUGUCUCCCGUGCCCUUGGUGUCCUUCCUCAGCUCAUCAUUGACCGCGCCCUCGGCUCCCCCAUCGAGCGUCCAAAGAGUUUCAGCACCGAAGGCUACGCCAAGCUUGUCGGAGCUAAGCUAUAA